AUGGGAGCUUCUCCUAACCUCUCGGAUGCAGCUCCCAAUGAACGAGCACAUGCAACAAAUGAAGGAUCUCCGUCUGCGAAAGCGACGGUCGAUCAUGCUACGACCUAUGCGAUGAACGGUGAAGAUGGAUCCACGGCCUCAGAUGGCGUGAAUUGCGAUACUGCUUCCAAAGCCCCUAUGGAAACACUCGACACAAAGGCCCUCGAGGUUGUUGCAAACAAAGAUGAUACCUUAGAUAACGAUGAUGCAAAAGAGCGAAGGCCUCCUCUGCCCCCUAGACGUCCACUACUCCAGACACCAGAACGACCCAAAACUUCAGGAGCUCCAAAGCGACCGGUAUUGCAGUCUCAGCCUACCACGGCAUUAUCGUCAGUCGACAUACAGACAUUAUCAUUCCCCGAUGGCACAAGAGGUACUUUUUCUACACCAGUCAGCCGAUCGGUGUCGGAAACGAAAUUAGGACAUGGUGUUUCUUCGUCAGUCUCAUCACUAAGCAAGAAAAAGAAUCUCGAGGGAAGUGACAAUGAUGAUAAUGCAAGCCUUAUGAGUUAUGCGCCAACCUUGAAGGCAAAUGGAGAUCUUGCAAGUCUACUUGAUGAUGGACUUAACGCGCAAAGCCCGGCAUGGAAAUUGUUAAAUUCACAAGCAGAUCACGGGGAGCCGAUCGACGAGGAAGAGGAGUUUGAGGAUCAUUCUCUUGUACAUUUCGAACGCGAAUUCGACGAAAUAGGGGAGGUUGAUAGCAAGGGCGGCAACGAAGAGGAAUUACUUAUACAAUGGAAGUCAAAACUCAAACAUUACUUGAUUCUGUCUUCCGCCGGAAAACCUAUAUACAGUCGCCAUGGAGAUCAAAACCUUAUUAAUGGCUACAUUGGAAUUAUUCAAACGAUCAUAUCAUUCUACGAGGGCUCAAAAGAUCCCCUUACAGGAUUUACUGCAGGCCGUACAAGAUUUGUUAUCUCAACUGAUGGACCUUUAUAUUUCGUUGCUAUUAGUAAACUUGGCGAGAGCGAUGCUCAAUUGAAGGGUCAGCUUGAAGCGUUGUAUAUGCAGAUUUUAUCAACCCUGACCUUACCAACUCUUACACAUUUAUUUUCAAACAGACCAAAUACAGAUCUUCGCCGACCUUUAGAGGGAACUGAAUCCUUACUAUCAUCACUCGCAGACACCUUUACUAAAGGCUCUCCAUCUGCAUUAUUGUCUGCAUUGGAAUGUUUAAAAUUACGGAAGUCCCAACGACAUGUCAUAAACAAUACUCUAUUGAAAGCACGAACUGACAAGCUUCUCUACGGGUUGAUAGUAGCAGGUGGUAGGCUUGUAAGUGUGAUACGUCCUAAACGACAUUCGUUACAUCCUAGCGACCUCCAACUCAUAUUCAACAUGCUUUUCGAAGCCGGUGGCGUUCGAGCUGGAGGCGGGGAGAAUUGGAUUCCUUUAUGUCUCCCAGGAUUCAACAAUCGAGGAUACCUCUACAUGUAUGUGAGCUUCCUAAGCGUGGAAAAUGGCGAACCUAUUAAAGACAAUAUCUCCGAGAACAAGAAGGGUAGAACGGAAGACGAAGUUGCAGUGCUACUCAUAAGCGCUGAUAAGGAAAGCUUUUUUGAGCUCAAACAAAUGCGCGACGACGUGGUCAAUCAACUCGAAAAGAAUGGAAGCAUGAACAUCAUUAAAGCUGCCGUUCGCCAGGGACGUCCAAAGACAACUGAUAUUGCUCCAAGAACGUCCUUGCGACAUUUCCUUUACAAGUCACGAGCAAAUGUUCAAUUCACAAUGCCAUCAUUUGAUCCUCAUUACAACAACCUCGUCAAUCGUCGAAGACUGAUGAACCGAUAUCAAAACCUACACUCCGCAACCCACAAGAAGCAUUCCCAUCUCAAAGUACUCCAUUGCGUCUCCCGCGACAGUAUCUCCCUUGCUUGGACAACCCCCCAGUUCGAAUUCUACUGUGUAGCCGGUCCUAAUGCUUCACGCGCGGGUUUGGCUCAAGAUGCCAACAAAAUAAUUCAAUGGGUCAAGCGUGAAGAAGAGCGCGUGUUCAUUGUUGGUGGUGCCGUGUUCUAG